UCUGAAACAAAAAUGUGGACUCUGGUUGGGUUGAGUUUAGUAAGUUUACUAGUCAUAUAUUUUACUCACUGGAUUAUCAAAUGGAGGAACCCAAAAUGCAAUGGGGUUCUGCCUCCAGGUUCCAUGGGGUUGCCUUUCAUUGGAGAGACUCUCAAUUUGAUCAUUCCCAGCUACUCACUUGAUCUUCACCCCUUCAUUAAGAAGAGACUUCAAAGAUAUGGAUCAAUAUUUCGGACUAGUUUGGCGGGUAGACAGGUUGUAGUCACAGCUGAUCCUGAGUUCAAUAACUACUUAUUUCAGCAAGAAGGGAGGAUGGUGGAACUGUGGUACUUGGACACGUUUUCGAAGAUCUUCGUCCAUGAAGGUGAAUCUAAGACGAACGCAGUUGGUAUGGUUCACAAGUAUGUAAGGAGCAUUUUCUUGAAUCACUUUGGUGCUGAGAGGCUUAAGGAGAAGCUGCUCCCUCAAAUAGAAGAAUUCGUCAACAAAAGUCUAUGUGCCUGGUCAAGUAAAGCCUCUGUUGAAGUGAAGCAUGCAGGCUCAGUUAUGGUUUUUAAUUUUAGCGCGAAGCAGAUGAUCAGUUAUGAUGCAGAUAAAUCAUCUGAUGACCUGAGUGAGAAAUAUACUAAAAUCAUAGACGGUCUUAUGUCCUUUCCCUUGAACAUCCCUGGCACAGCCUACUAUAAUUGUUUGAAGCACCAAAAGAACGUAACAACCAUGUUGAGGGAUAUGCUAAAGGAGAGACAGAUUUCACCUGAGACGCGGAGAGGAGAUUUCCUUGAUCAAAUCAGCAUUGACAUGGAAAAGGAGAAAUUUUUGUCAGAGGAUUUUUCAGUUCAGCUGGUAUUUGGGGGCUUGUUUGCCACCUUUGAGUCUAUUUCUGCAGUAUUAGCAUUAGCUUUCAGUUUACUGGCAGAGCAUCCUUCAGUUGUAGAAGAGUUGACGGCUGAGCAUGAGGCAAUUCUCAAAAACAGGGAAAAUCCAAAUUCCUCACUCACAUGGGACGAAUAUAAAUCGAUGACUUUUACUCUUCAGGUUAUCAAUGAAAUUCUUAGGCUGGGAAAUGUUGCCCCUGGCUUAUUACGUAGAGCUUUGAAAGAUAUUCCUGUAAAGGGAUUUACAAUUCCAGAAGGCUGGACCAUUAUGGUUGUCACCUCUGCACUUCAGUUAAGUCCCAACACAUUCGAGGAUCCCCUAAAGUUCAAUCCAUGGCGUUGGAAGGACCUUGACUCAUAUGCUGUGUCCAAGAACUUCAUGCCUUUUGGUGGAGGAAUGAGGCAAUGUGCAGGGGCAGAGUAUAGUAGGGUUUUCUUGGCCACCUUUCUCCAUGUCUUGGUCACCAAAUAUAGGUGGACAACAAUCAAAGCGGCACGCAUUGCUCGAAACCCUAUUUUAGGAUUUGGGGAUGGAAUUCACAUAAAGUUCGAGGAGAAGAAAACGUGAGAUGAAUAUUUUUUUUCUCAUAAAUUGAUCGAACACUUAGGUGCUACCUAUAUAUAUAUAAUCAAAUUGAGUGUUUCAUGUUAUUAACAACAAAAACAUACACAUGCUGCAAGGGAGUAUAGCUCAAGUGGUGAAGAGCAUUUAUUCUUGCAUUCGAGGUCUUAGGUUUCAAAUCCUCCUACCCAAUG